CCGACUCCCACAAUGAAAAGUAAAAAACUUAGGGCCGCCUUACAGCGACAUCAAAUAGUCCAACAGAAGAGUAAAAAGCCACUACAGCCAAAAGCCAUAGGAGACGCUUCAAAAGCAACGACAGGAAGGAAGCGAGCGCCUAGUACUAUACCAUACCUGGAAGACGAUUCUAUUCUCCUAGUGGGCGAAGGAAACUUUAGCUUUGCUCAUGCGAUCGCUGAAAGCCUACAUGGGGCAUGCGAGUUGGUGGCCACUGCAUAUGACUCAGAACAGAUUCUAUCUACAAAGUAUUCUGAUGCGAUAGAACAUAUAACGGCAAUACGGGAGUUGGGUGGAACCGUUCUAUUCGAGGUGGAUGCAACGGAUCUGAAUUCGUGCAAGGCGAUCAGGGGAAAGCGCUUCAGUAAGAUAGUCUUCAAUUUUCCGCACACAGGAGCGGGCAUUAAGGACAAAGACCGCAAUAUUCGGGCAAAUCAGCUCUUGAUCUUCAAUUUUCUUUCCAGCGCAAGUGGGAAGCUCAUGUCGCGUUCCUUGAACAGUGAUCCGAUUGACGGAGAAAUACAUGUAACUCUCAAGCAAGGAGAUCCUUAUGAUCUAUGGGAUGUCAAGGAGCAAGCCAAGCGAACCGGAAUUUUAAUCUGUUCGCGUUCGUUCGAGUUCGAUGCUCGACUGUACGAGGGUUAUACUCAUCGAAGAACAAUUGGUUUCACGGAAGGGCUAUCGGCUGCAGCUAAUGAGGAGAUCCAUAGUAAAGGCAGUAGAACGUAUGUGUUCCUCCUCAAGACCGACACCGGAAGUUCUCAAAAGCGGAAGGCGUCCAGUGAUGGGCUACCCUCCGUGAAACGACGACGAGAUAGUCACAGUGAGGAUGAUGAAUAAGCGGUGAUAACUGGCAUACAGAUAAAUUAUAAGUAACCCUCCAUGUACCUUUGUAGCAAGGAAAAAACAGAUGCAAUUUUAUUCAGA